AUGGGAAACUCAGCCAGUGUCGCCGGACGUGCAUGCUUUGUGGCCGCUGUGGGACACGAUCUCAACCUCGUUACGUUUCGAGGAGACUUGCUCUAUGAGUUCCGAAUCCAGCCGUCCUACAACCUAGCCAUCCCAGUCCUUCCCACCGUGGUCACCUACCCUAAGACUACCGCCCAGGUAGCCAAAAUUGUGAGCUGUGCUGCUACACACAAAUACAAGGUGCAGGCCUAUAGUGGAGGGCACAGCUAUGGGAACUAUGGUCUCGGCGGAGCAGAUGGUCAUGUCGUCGUGGAUCUGAAGAACUUCCAGAAUUUCUCUAUGAAUCCUGACACUUACAUUGCCACAAUUGGUGCCGGUACAAACUUGGGCGACCUUCAGGAUCGUCUUUUGCAUGCUGGUGGUCGGGCUAUGGCGCAUGGAUCCUGCCCUCAAGUCGGUGUCGGUGGUCAUUUCACGAUCGGUGGUCUUGGAAUGAUGUCUCGACAGUGGGGAAUGUCGCUGGAUCAUGUUGUCGAGGCUGAGGUCGUGCUGGCAAAUUCCAGUGUGGUCACUGCAUCGGACAUUCAGAAUCAGGAUAUAUUCUGGGCUGUCAAAGGUGCGGCUGCUAGCUUUGGUAUCGUCACAGAGUUCAAAGUCCGCACACAUGCAGUUCCCAAGGCUGCAAUUCAAUACCAGUAUACUUUCAGUCAGGGAGAUAUUCUGGACAAGGUCAAGUUGUUCAUGUCCUGGCAGAAUAUUGUGGCGAAGCCAAACCUUACGCGGAACUUCUCGACCGAGCUCGUAGUCUUUCAAGAUGGUGUCCUGAUUAUGGGUACUUUCUUUGGGACUCGAGAGGAGUUCCAUCAAUUCGAGCUAGAAAAUGAUCUGCCUCUUCAGGGUAUGGGCAAUGUGGUGUAUAUCACCAACUGGCUGUCUUUGGUGGCUCACACAGCUGAGGACUACUUGCUCCGUCUGACUGGGAGUAUGCUCACAUCCUUCUACGCCAAAUCGUUGUCUUUCACAGCCGACGAGCUUUUCAAUGAACACGACUUGGUUGCCCUGUUCACAUACCUGGAUGCUGCACCGAAGGGUACAGCCACCUGGUGGGUGAUCUUUGACUUGGAAGGCGGAGCAACCAGUGAUAUUCCCAUGAACGCAACCGCCUAUGGCCAUCGCGACGCUAUCAUGUGGAUGCAGUCCUAUGCAGUUGCCGGCUUUGAGCCGCCUGGCUUCAUUAUGAAACGCUUCCUCAAUCGCUUGCAUGGUGUCAUCAUCGGAAACCGUCCAGCUGGUCCUGUUCGUUCUUACCCCGGAUAUGUUGACCCUUAUCUCAAAAAUGCUCAAGAGGCAUACUGGGGACCGAAUUUGGCCCGACUUCGGGAUAUCAAGACUGCUGUUGAUCCGAAUGAUGUUUUUCACAAUCCACAGAGUGUGGAAUUGAAUGCUCCAAUCCCUCCGGGUUCUGGAUCUCAGGAAGUUUAA